AUGAGUAACAUCGCUCAGAAGAAUGCGCCGCCCGGCUCCUGGCCCUGCAACAAGGGCGAAGCGGGCGACACGAACCAAAUUGAUACGGAGCCACGCUCGCCGCCAGCCGUGCCCGAGUAUCAGAGCGGCUUUUUCAACGGCGGCAGCUCGGGCGACUGGUCCCAGAGUGGCGAGUACACUCACCGAGAUCCCCAAACCAAGGCCCGAGAGCAGCGGCGGGAUCAGCAGGAUGGAGUGGAAGAAGAGCAGCAGGAGCCGAUCAAGAUGAAAGAUGUCGAGCCGAAGCCUGUUGGCGAGAGCGAAGAGCACCAGGAAGUAGGUGAUCAGGAAGAAGAUGAGAAGAAGACGGCCAAAGAAGAGGAUUUUGCUCCUGGUGUGGAACAGCAGUCUGAGCAGCAAGAGCCCAUAACAGCAGAGACCGGCGACGAUGCCGAAGCCCCUGCUGAAGUUGGCACCGACCCUUCACUCACCGAAAAGGCCAAACAGGCAUUCGACCAGGCCUCAGAGAACCAGCCAACCAACGACGCGCGAGACUCAUUCCUCAAGGCCGCCCGAACCAACUUGACCGUCCCCAAGUUUGGCUCUCCCCGACCCCAAGAGGAAGGAGAGGAGCAGAAGGCCCUUGAAGCUGAGGCCUCGGAGCCAGCCGACGAUGUUCCAGCCGAAGCCCAGGAGGCGGACGUUGUCGACUACAAGGGCAACACAGUUGGCCGCUGCUCCCUCCUCGAAGACAUUCCCGAAGAACCCAAAGAGGAGGAGUCCCCAGAAGAGAAGGAGAAGCGUGAGCAGGCUGAGAAGGACAAGAAGCUCGCCGUGCAGAUGUCGAUCUGCAUUGAGCAGUGUCUCGACAGCAUCCGCCCCAUCUGCAAGAUGAUCACCGAGAAAAUUGACAAGGCCGAGCGCACCCCCGAAGACGAGCGCGACGAAGAGGCGCUCGUGCAGGAAGUCCGGCCGCUCAUCGAAGAAGGCGGGCGCAUCCUCAACGAAGCCAAGGGCAUCAUCAAGGGGCUCGAUCCCGAGGGCCGCAUCUCGGCCAACGCCAAGCACAAGACGGCGGCGCGCGAGGCCACGCCCGAGGAGUAUCACCUCGCCGAGGUCCUCAAGGAUCUCACCGGCGACGUGACGCAGUGCAUCGACAACGCCAAGCGCAAGCUCGAGGACAUGCCUCAUGCGAAGAAGGAGCUGAACCCGCUCUGGGGCUUGCUGAAUGAGCCGCUGUUCCAGAUCUUGGCGGCUGUUGGCUUGUUGCUGGCUGGUGUGCUUAACCUUGUGGGCAGGCUGCUGAGUGGACUUGGACUUGGCGGCCUUGUUGAUGGUUUACUUGGAACCCUUGGCCUGAACCGUGUCCUCGAGGGCCUUGGUCUCGGGUCUUUUACUAAGAGCCUGAAGAGUGGUAAGAAGGGCGGCGGAGGACUGUUGGGCGGUGUGUUGGGUGGUUAA